GGGGGCGGCGGGGGGCGGCGGGCGCGGGGCCAUGCGGAGCCCGGGCUGAGGCGCGGCGGCCGCCCCUCGCCAUGAAGCGGCAGAACCUGCGCACGGCCGCGCUCAUCCUCUGCAUCUUCUCGUACCUGCUGGUGGGCGCCGCCGUCUUCGAUGCGCUGGAGUCGGAGGCGGAGAGCGGCCGCAAGCGGCUGCUGGAGCAGAAGCGCGGGGAGCUGCGGAGGAAGUACCGCUUCUCCGCCGAAGACUACCGGGAGCUGGAGCGGCUGGUGCUGCAGGCCGAGCCGCACCGCGCCGGGCGGCAGUGGAAGUUCGCCGGUUCCUUCUACUUCGCCAUCACGGUCAUCACCACCAUCGGCUACGGGCAUGCUGCCCCGGGCACGGAUGCCGGCAAAGUUUUCUGCAUGUUCUACGCCAUCCUGGGCAUCCCCCUGACGCUGGUCAUGUUCCAGAGCCUGGGGGAGCGCAUGAACACUGUUGUGCGGCUACUGCUCAAGAAAAUCAAGAAGUGUCUGGGCAUGAGGACAACCAAUGUCUCCAUGGAGAACAUGGUCCUAGUCGGCUUUCUGUCCUGCAUGGGGACCCUGUGUAUCGGCGCAGCAGCCUUCUCUUAUUUCGAGGGCUGGACUUUCUUUCAUGCCUAUUACUACUGCUUCAUAACUUUGACCACUAUUGGCUUUGGAGACUUUGUCGCUCUGCAGAAGAACGAGGCUUUGCAAAAGAAGCCCCCGUAUGUGGCUUUCAGCUUCAUGUACAUCCUGGUGGGCCUGACUGUCAUCGGCGCCUUCCUCAACCUGGUGGUGCUGCGGUUCCUGACGAUGAACUCUGAGGACGAGCGGCGGGAUGCUGAAGAGCGAGCCUCGCUGAGGAGAGCCCGCAACAACAUCCACCUCAAGCCGAAAGAGGACAGCCGGAGCAGCAAUGCCAUUUUUCUCCCCGUGGAGGACAGGACGAGCCAGAUGAACCUCAUCCCGCUGAUCCAGGAGGAUGCGGAGAGGCAGCGGCGCCAGUCGGCCAACUCGGCAGCCGCAGUCCCCUCCUUCUGCACAUGCUUGUGCUACAGACCUCAGCUGUGCGGCAGCCCGGUGCCCUCCCACCCCGAGACCCUGAGCUGCCACACCAACCCAGUGUAUUACAACUCCAUUUCCUACAAAAUUGACGAGGUCUCCCUGAGCACGCGGGGUCAGACCGGCUCUUCCCCAGGGAGCACUUUAUCAUCCAACAGCCCUCGCUGCCGGCAACACCCCCGGCUGCGGAGGAAAUCCAUCUAGGAGCGCGUGCCGAGCUGUACUCAGUGCUCGAGUCUUACUAUGAUGAUAAAUUAAGAACAGAGGUGUCAGGUCCUUCUUACUGCUCUCAUUUCUUCUGUUCCUCUCCCCUUUCAGCUGGCAGCCAGCCCCACGCAGGAUCCAGCAGGAGCCUUUAAGCCCUGUUGAGAAAUAAUCAUUCCUUUUUGCAGGCCCUGAAUGACAUUGUUAGUUUUUCUUUGCUUUUUCCUCCCAAGUAGGUUCAAGCAUUUGGGUCUGGCAAGAGGGCCUCCCGAUGUGACGUCCAGCAAGCUGUAGGUUUGCUUUCCCGCCUCCCUGCUCCCCAAACGGAGGCAUCGCUGCCCUCCCACGCUGCCUAACCUUGGCUGUGGCCGCUGCCAGCACAUGCCUCUUGCUACAUGGGCUGGAUUGCACUUGCUGAGAGCAUAUCAAAAGCAAAGCCCAUGUUAGUGAGCCCUGCAGGGUUGGUGAACUUUAAGUCAUCCCCUGACCCCAGGUGCAGGUAAGUCGGUGCCACGCAGGAGGUUUGCAGUUGGUGGGUGGGCAGGGAGAGGUGGGCAGGAGGGGAUGGGCUGCAGUCCUGCCACUCAGCACAUGGGGACAGCUUCAUGGCACUGCAUCUCCCAUGACCAGCCCUUCAGGUCUAAGCUCAGGCUUGUGGCUGACUUUUGGAAGCUGGAGGUCCAUACACUCACCCCCUUACCCACCAGCACACCUUACCUCGCUACUGGUAAGUCCUCCAGACUGAGCUGGCUGGUGGGGUGCUGUGUCCCAUUUGCAGGGGAAGCUGAACUCCUCCAGCCCAGCCAUAGCCCUCCUCUGUGAUAAGCCCGGACUGUGCUAAGGGCGCAGCCCCAGGGAAAGCCUCCCUGAACCAUAUAGAGCCACCCGCAAAGGGUUUGGCCCUGAUGAGAUCAUUAGCUAAAAUUCCUUCACCACCUUUCCUCCAGCUGGCAGGCCAGCAAGCGUGCCUGUUCCUUGCCUCCUCCCAGUCCCCACGAGCCCAUGGUUUGUGCUCUUUGCUGCUGGGGUCAUCAGAGACGGGGUGAUCCCAUCUUGGUGUGUGUCCCCAGGCGGGAUGCAGUACCCACACAGCCCCACUUGGAAGGCUGUUUCCAGCUGGUGCCCCCUGAUGUGGCUGGCGUCCAUCCUGCCUGUCUGCAAGAAAGCAGGACUGGGCUCUGACAGCGGCAGCAGCUCUGUUUCACUUUUUUCCCCCAAUAAAUGGACAUUUCCACUCUUAGUUCUACCUAAAAUACCCUCUGAGGGGGGUUUCCUGGAGGAAAAUCCCCUUUUCCUGGUGGGGAAGGCGUGUAGAGUGCCAGUGUUGGGAAGGCCUCAGGGCAGGCUUUGCUCUCUCCUCUUUUUGUUCUGGGCAAUUUAAUAAAAGGUGAAUCCAG